UUCCUGAUUGGGCAGAUGAUGUACGUUAGUUCUGGAAUCUCAGUACAGUCCCAUCCAGAAGAGUUAGUCAGUUUUUCAAGUGCGACGAGAUGGAUCGGAUGAACAGCAAGAAAAUCGUAGUGUUUGUUAUAGUUUAUUUGUUGUUUUUGCUGGAUAAUGUGUUGCUGACUGUUGUGGUACCAAUCAUUCCCGAUUAUCUGUUCUCAAAUUCCCUAAACUACAAACACGAAGAACAAACAAAAACUUAUGGACCUGCAUCCCUAAGUCCUCUACAACGAAAAUACGAAUCCCUAGAAAACGAUAAUGGACCCCUUGGAGCCCUAUUAGCUUCAAAAGCCUUCGUCCAGCUAGCCUUCACCCCAUUGGUUGGAUAUUUGACUGAAGUACUCAACUGCACCGUACCACUACUUAUUGGAUCAUGUAACAUGCUCGUGGCUGCUAUACUUUUUGCUUAUGGUAAGACCUAUGGACUCCUGGUACUCGCCAGGGCAUUGCAUGGUAGUUCCUCAGCAGCUAUAGCGGUGAGUGGAAUGUGCAUCUUAGCCAAAAACGUACCAAAAGACUCGAGAAAUAGACUCAUGCCGUUGGCUUUUGGUGGAAUAGCCUUGGGGGUGCUGAUAGGGUACCCUCUUGGUGGAGCUGCUUAUCAGAUGUUUGGCAAAACAGCCCCAUUUUUGUUUAUAUCUUUGUUUGUCUUUAUUAGCAUUGUACUCCAGCUGAGUUUCCUAUCUGACGAAGACGAAGAACCUCCACCAAACAACGUAGAGUCGACUUACAUAAAAUGGAUCAGCCUUCUGAAAGACAAAGUAACCGUACUAUCUGGUCUGGCUAUAUGUAUCAGCACUUCCUCGAUGGCUAUUCUUGAACCGUGUGUGCCCAUGUGGUUGCUAGGUCACAUGACACCACGACCUACCAGAUGGCAGCUUGGAGCUGUGUUCAUUCCUGAUAGCGUAGGAUAUUUUAUUGGUUCUCAUUUUGCUGGAUUACUGCCUGUCCAAGCUUGGAGGACAUCUAUUAGCGCUAUGGUACUGAUCGGUGUUAGUUGCUGUUCUUUACCAUUGGCCAGUACCAUGAACCAACUGACUAUACCCCAUUUUGGGUUAGGACUUGGUGUUGGUGCUGUAGAUGCAUCCUUGGUACCACUCUUGGCCAAUUUUGUCGAUGCCAAGGGCAGUACUCAGUAUGGUCCUGUGUACGCCUUCCAGCAAGCGGCAGUUGCUGUAGCAUAUUCAUUUGGACCUCUCUUGGGAGGCCAAGGUGUGGAAAUGUUUGGCUUUCCAUGGCUUAUUCGGCUGGUGGGUUUCGUCAAUUUGUUGUUCUGUCCUUUGCUGCUGGAAUUGGAAAGCAAGAAAUCUACCAAUGGCGAGGAUCUAAAAAGUGUGUGUAUAUAUAAAGAAGGUGUACCAUAUUACCAGAGCUUAGAGACAGUUAACUCUCUACCAGCACUAUCUGACAGUAAUCAGUAA